UACGGCUCAUAGCAAACGAUUCGAUGAAAGUGAUAAGCUACUAAACAUAAGCGACAUAAAGUUGAAAGAAAGUUCAAGUGCACGCAAUAAUACAAAACAAAAAAAAAAUAAAAUAAAAUUAAACAACAAAAAAGUUCACUAGUGCAAACAUAUUUAGUACCUACUUGCGUUAAUUUACACACAUACUCAUACAUACAUACAUAAAUAGAAGAUGUGCAUGCAUAUUUGAUGAGUAUUAAACAAAUUUCAAUUGCAAAAUGCGAGCUAUGAAGCUGAAAAUUGCAGCAAACAUUCGCAUUGGCGUGCUUGUUGUAUUCUUCGCCGGUUGGCUGUGCAAUUUGUGUGGCAGUGCUGAAGCGGAGUCGGUUUAUGUGCAGGACUUGAAGGGUCUAUCGUGGACGCUUACAAAUGGCAGUUAUACCAACACCAGAGUGAAAAUACCUUCCGGUGUCUAUAGCGCUAUAGCUGGUGAAGAUGUACUCAAAUACAAAAAUGAUGUCGACCUGCGUUAUAUUUCAUACGAUAACUGGACCUACUCCCUCGAGUUUGCUGGAGAAAUUAAAGACUCACGUCUGGUCAACCUAACAUUCCAUGGCAUUGACACGAUUUCGGAAAUUUAUCUCAACGGCCACUUGCUUGGCCACACCGACAAUAUGUUUGUGCGCUACACCUACGAAGUGGGUCACAUUUUGGAGGAUGUGAAUAGAUUGGUGGUGCGUCUGACUUCGCCAGUGCAUGCCGCACGUGCCAGGGCUGAUGAGUUGACGGCGCGCAAUAUAUCUGUGCCGCCCGCUUGUCCACCCGUUAGCUAUCGCGGCGAAUGCCAUAUGAAUAUGCUGCGCAAAAUGCAGGCCAGCUUCUCGUGGGACUGGGGGCUGGCGGCGCCAUCAAUGGGCAUCUGGAAAACCGUGACGUUGGAGUUCUACCAGGUGGCUUUGAUACGUGAUGUGGAUGUUGCAAUUAGUCGCAAUGAGACGCAUUGGAAUAUGCAUAUACGCGUUUUCAUCGAUUCCGGCGGCAAGCAGGAUUUCUAUGCUGAACUUAAAUUUUAUGCAAUAGAGCUAAUGGAAGAGCCAGUUGUGAUAAAUACAUACUCGAAGAAGACGCUUUCGUGGCAGAAUCCAGUACUCAUAUUUGAUCAAGCAAUACCAAUUGAAAACGUUACACUGUGGUGGCCUAAUGGUUACGGCGAUCAGAAGCUAUAUCCACUGCAUUUCUCCCUCAAGACAUGGCUUUCCAAAAUCGGACCCAGCUUACGUGCACGCACUACAUCUACGAAGAGUAUACAUGUUGGCUUUCGUACCAUAGAACUCAUUGAAGAUGAAGCCAAGGAAGGCGUUGGCGACUACUUCCUCUUCAAAGUGAAUGACGUCGAGAUUUUUAUGAAGGGCACUAAUUAUAUACCCAUGCACAUAUUGCCAGAGCUGAGCUAUGACGAAGAACAAAUAAUUCAUCUUAUGCGCUCAGUCAAGGAAGCCAACAUGAAUAUGAUACGAGUUUGGGGUGGUGGCGUUUACGAGAGUAAUAGAUUCUAUGAAGAAGCAGAUAAGAAAGGCAUCCUCAUCUGGCAGGAUAUGAUGUUUGCGUGUGCCAUGUAUCCGGCCACAGAAGAGUUUCUUGCUUCAGUGCGCAAAGAGAUCAUACAGAAUGCUAAACGCAUAGCUUAUCAUCCGAGUAUUGCCAUUAUUGCUACAAAUAAUGAGAAUGAGGCCGCAUUGGUUGGUAAUUGGUAUGGUACUGCUGGUGAACGGGCGCGUUUCGAGGCCGAAUAUCGUGAGUUAUACAUAGGCACAGUAUUUCACGAACUGAAGAUUAUACAGCAUAGCUCACGGCCCAAGCCGCUAAUGUCAUCGCCGUCUAAUGCUAGGGCGAGCGAAAAGGAUAAUUACAUAUCAAAUAAUCCAGGGGAUGAAAACUAUGGCGAUAUACAUUUCUACACAAACUUCGAGGACGCCUGGGAUCCGAACAUCUAUCGGCGUCCACGUUUCGCCUCAGAGUAUGGCUUCCAAAGUUUGCCCAAGCUCACAACUUGGCAGCUGAGUAUGCAUCCCGGUGACAAUCUGCUCAAUUUAAUACAUCACCGGCAGCAUCAUCCCGCCAAUAUGACAUUGAUAACGGCUUUGAUAAGGCGGCACUUGCCAUUGCCGCUUCCGGAGGAUGAUAACUAUGUUGAAGCGUUGAUAUAUUUCAGCCAAAUCUCACAGGCAAUGGCUACGAAGAUCGAGACUGAAUUGUAUCGCAGUCUUAGGGAUACCGUACACCACACAAUGGGCGCACUCUACUGGCAGCUAAAUGACGUUUGGGUCGCACCAUCCUGGUCCAGCAUAGAUUUCUACGGUAAUUAUAAGCUGCUGCAUUAUUGGGCCAAAUCAUUUAUGGCCCCCAUACAUAUUGUAGCGCUCUACGACUCUGAUCAGGAUGCCGUAAAUGUAUCUUUGAUUUGUGAUAAGCUGGAGGUUGUAGAGUAUGAGGGCCUGGAAGUGUCUAUGAACAUUUACAAAUGGUCGGAUUUGUUUCCAAAGGUGCAAACUGUUUGGCCAGUCACAUUGAAACCUAAUGGCGUGCACUACGAUAAAAUAAUACCGGUUUCAAGCAUUUUCCCACGAGGUUAUACCAAAACUAACUCAUUUGUCGAGUUUGUUCUGCGUGAUCGUACCACUGAGCUUGCGCGCAACUUUUACUUCCCCAGCCCGAUAAAGGAUGCUGAAGGCGUGAGCGAUCCGCAAGUAACUCUGAGAGUUUUCUAUUCCUACUGCUACAAAGCGAAUAAUAACUACGCAAAUAUAAUUAGUUUGAAUGUAUCCGUUGCCAAGCCAGCGAUAUUUCUUUACCUCGAACUACUGAAUACCAGCGUUGCCAGAUAUAAGUUGUCGAAUAACGGUUUCAUGAUGCUGGUGCCAACGAAAUUGGUGCAUUUGGAGUUUUUCAGCAGCGAAUGUUUGGAUAUUAAAGUGAGCGAUCUCAAGGUUUUAACUGUCAAUCAAUACAUGUUAUGAAGUGUGUGCACUGAGAGAAAUCGUCUGUAAAACUCUGAGAAAUUUACUUAACGCCAAAGUAAGCUUAGGAAUUAAUUAUUAAAGAAAAAAUCGAAAUAAACUUUUUAGCUUAAGAACCUUAAUAGAAGUUGUAUAAUUCCAAUAUUUCAAUGGUUUUGCGAGCUUCAUUUCUAUUUUCAAUUGGAAAGAAAGCAAUUUUCUUC